UUCCAAUUGUGUUAGAUUCUGUUUAGUGGUUUGUCUUGAUAAAGUGUUCAUCUGAGAAUUUCAAUUCAAUUUAAUAAAGCUUGAUUGUUUCUUAUGUGUUGAAUAUAUUUAUAAUAUAUCAUAAUGACUGUCAAAAAUAAGCCGGAAGAAAAUAAGAAAGAAAAAGCCGAAGUAGUCCCGGCGACCACUGAUGAUUUAUCAGAAGAAGAUAAACGUUUGCAAGAAGAGCUCAAUUUGCUGGUUGAAAAACUUGUGGGAAAUGAAGUUGAAUUGCAUAUGCCAGCAUUGCAAAUGCUAACUAAUUUAAUCCGCACGUCCACAACAUCAAUGACAUCAGUACCAAAGCCUCUAAAGUUUUUGAGGGAGCAUUAUCCAGCUUUGAAGGAUGUUUAUGAGAAAAUCAGUGACCCUAAAACUAAACAGUUUUGUGCGGAUGUGGUCUCAGUUCUUGCUAUGGGAGUUAGUGGAUCCACAGAUGCAGCUGAAAAAAGGGAGUGUCUCAAAUACUGCUUAUUAGGAACUAAGUCGAAUGUGGGUGAAUGGGGCCAUGAAUAUGUAAGGCAAUUAGAAGGUGAAAUUGCAGAGGAAUGGAAUAUUGACAAUAUGCCAGACACACUAUUACCACUAGUCCGGGAUGUGGUCACCUUUGAUAUGCAACACUCAGCUGAGAUUCAAGCAUGUGAUUUACUGAUGGAAAUUGAUAGAUUAGAUCUCCUAACGCAACACAUGGAUCAGAGCAACUAUCCAAGAGUUUGUCUAUAUUUAAUUGGUUGUGCAAGCUAUGUUGUUGAGCCUGAGUCUACUCAAAUCCUACAAGGUGUCUUGGAUACCUACUUAAAAUUUGGAGAAUAUCCCAGAGCACUACUGGUUGCAAUGCAGUUACAUGACAAAGCUAAAUGUGAAGAGGUCUUCAAUGCCUGCACUGACAAUUUGGUCAAAAAGCAACUGUGUUAUAUGCUGGCUCGUCAGUAUGUGCCCUUGGAAUUGGAGGAUGAAGAUCUUAGAACUAUUCUACUGAAUGCUCACAUUAAUGAUCACUUCUUGAGUUUGGGAAGAGAGCUGGACAUAAUGGAGCCGAAAACACCUGAAGAAGUGUAUAAAACAUGGCUAGAAUCGGCUGGAUCAGCUCUUAGGCCAUCAUUAUUGGCAGAUCACCCAGUUGAUUCAGCUCGCCAGAACUUAUCUGCAACCUUUGUGAAUGCAUUUGUCAAUGCUGGCUUUGGACGGGACAAGCUUGUGACUACUGAUGAUGGAAACAAAUGGAUGUACAAGAACAAAGAUCAUGGUAUGCUGUCAGCAGCAGCAUCCCUCGGAAUGAUACAUUUAUGGGAUGUUGAUGGUGGUUUGACACCAAUAGACAAAUAUCUAUACACGGCAGAUGAACACAUCAAGGCAGGUGCACUGCUUGCGUUGGGGCUGGUCAACUGUGGUGUGAGAAAUGAGUGUGAUCCAGCGUUAGCCCUGCUCUCAGAUUAUGUACUGCAUUCCAGCGCUAACCUUAGGAUUGGUAGUGUUUUAGGAUUGGGUAUUGCAUAUGCUGGCACGCAGCGUGAAGAUGUACUAUCACAUCUCCUGCCAGUGAUAAACGACUCGUCUGCGCCCCCGGAGAUAUGCGCGCUAGCUGCCCUGGCUUGUGGACUCAUAGCAGUGGGCUCAUGCCAUGGCGAGGUAACUUGUGCAAUCAUACAGAGACUGUUUGAUGAUAAUAAGGAACUACAUUCUUCAACUUACGGCCGAUUCUUACAUUUGGGUCUUGGAUUAUGCUUCUUAGGUUGCAAGGAGCGCACUGAAGCAACAAUGGCUGCCCUGGAGGUACUGCCUGAGCCGCACCAGUCUCUGUGCCAGACCACGUUGUCAAUGUGUGCGUACGCAGGCACCGGCGACGUGCUCGUUGUACAGCAGAUGUUACACAUAUGCUCCAAGCACUACGACACCGAUAAUGAGCAAUCAUCAGCCGAGGAUACAGCAUUCAAGAAGCAAGAUAAGAAGGAAAGCAAGGAAACCACACCAAGCUCAAGCUCAGCGAGUAGCUCUAAAGAUGACAAGGGCAAAAGCAAGACAUCGAAGGACAAACAGAACAAGGACACCAAGGAGAAGGAGAAGGAGCGCGAGGCUAACAAGGAACUGUCGUCGGUGCAGGCCGUGGCGACGCUGGGAGUAGCUGUGAUAGCGUUCGCGGAGGAGACCGGCGCUGAGAUGUGCACCAGGAUCUUUGGACAACUGGGUCGGUACGGCGAGCCGGCGGUGCGACGCGCGGUGCCUCUGGCCAUAGCUCUGUGCUCCGUGUCCAACCCGCAGCUGGCCGUCAUCGACGUGCUCAACAAGUACUCGCACGACUCGGACAACGACGUCGCUUACAACGCCAUCUUCGCCAUGGGGCUCGUCGGCGCCGGCACCAACAACGCCAGGCUGGCCACGAUGCUCCGCGCGCUGGCCCUGUACCACAGCAAGUCGCCCGUGCACCUGUUCAUGGUGCGCCUGGCGCAGGGCCUGUGCCACGCCGGCAAGGGCACCGUGACUCUGUCGCCGGCGCACGCCGACCGCCGCCUCGUGAACCAGCCCGCGCUGGCCGGCCUGCUCAUCGUGCUCACGGCCUUCCUCGACUGCAAGAACAUUAUUCUCGGGAAGUCACACUACCUGCUCUAUGUGCUGGCGACAGCAAUGCAACCUCGUUGGCUGGUCACACUCGAUGACAAUCUUCAGCCAUUGAAUGUCAGUGUACGCGUAGGACAGGCUGUAGAUGUGAUCGGUAAAGCCGGAACCCCGAAGACAAUAGCAGGCUCCCACACACACACAACACCAGUGCUGUUGUCUUUUGGAGAAAGAGCUGAACUAGCUACUGAUGAAUAUAUCCCUCUCUCUCCAGUAAUGGAGGGCUUUGUUAUUCUAAAGAAGAACGAAGACAGUGUAAUGGCUUCUGUUCAAUAAUUUAGUUUGUAAUUGUAUUAAUAACAUUAACUUUACAUACUUAAUAAAUUCUUUACUUAGA